UCUGCCCUGACGGAAAGCCCACCUGAGGAAGUUGCUUGCGUCGCCUUAGCAAAUAUUUCAAUUUAGCAAUAUUUGUCAUUUUCUUUACAUAUAUAAUAUCUCCAACAUUUCAAGCUACUCAGUUUAACGUCUCUACGCGCUGGUUAAAUGAACGUCAUUAGAGGAGGUGCCAUCACACCUGGUUCAUUAUGGGUCAGUGGAGGCCUCUGUCUAACCUGCGACAUCAGCUGUCUCGACACCCUCCUGUUGUUGUGUUCUUCCUGUGUCUGCUCAUUCUCUCCAUAACCUUUGUCUGCAUUGGACUUUACACUCAGUAUCAUGACAUCAAGAACCCUGACAUAAGCUUAGACUGGAACCAGGUUCUGGGUUCUGUUGCUGGUUUCAAGUUCUGCACAAAUCUGAAUGAUACAGCCCAGCUGGAGGAAGACUCUCCUCGAAUGGUGGAGCAUGCAGACAGAACUGCAGCAAAUGUUUCCAUGAGCACCACUCAUGUUUCCUUUCAAGUACCACUGGUGCUUUUAGGGGACGUCCCAGCUGAGAGUAUCAUAUGUGCAACAAUGUUGGGCAGCCAGCUGGGCAUGAAAGGAGCUGCAGCAAAAACAUCUGUGAACAUAUCUCUACUCCUGCAGACUGAUGUUCUGAACUCAAACUCAAAAGGGGUGUCUGGACCAAAUACCUUAAAUACCCAAACUCCUGCUAGGACACAGACCCGACCAAUGCUGACCUGUCUUCAGAUCACUGCCCUCACCUAUGUUCUCCCUCAAACUCAGCUACCCCCAGAAUGCUCAGUUGCGGAGAACGUAGACAUGAGUACUUCACCUGUCAGGACUGUUGCUGUAGAAUCAUUUAAGCACAAUUCUCCACACUGCUUCAGCCUUCAGUUCACACCAGAUCCACACCUGACCGUCAUGCUCACUCCGGACGAGAAGUCUAUGUGUAGCUAUCACCUGUUACUGGUCAGUAUUACACUGCUGGUUCUCUGUGUCCUGAUGGGUCUCUGUGGAACUUUUUCCUCGUCGAAGUCACCACGUUCAUACCAUGGAAAUGACCUUCUAAAGGUAGUAAUUUGGGUUCUAAAUUUUAGAGCUUACCAGUGAUCUCUGUAUGACUAAAAACCUCUCUUUGGUUUGCAUCUUGCCUUGAAAAUGAGUCCAUCUUUAUUGCAUGGAUAAUUUACUAAAACAUGUAUUUAAUCCAUUUUAUUAGUUUGUUAUAAAAUCAACUUUUUAAAUUCACAGGAAUCAUUGCUGAGCCCCUGAGAAACAUCUGCAGAAGAUCCCCAUCUGAGAGUGAGUCGAUCUUGUCCAAAGAAAUGCAACCAGUUGUGCAGAUUGCAUCCAUUCGGUUCUGUACAGAUCCAGAUUGAGUAUGUGUGUGUGACUGUAUCUCAUCUGUGCUUGCAACAUUGUUAUAAUGUGUGAAAUGAUUAUUAAGACCAUAACCAGAGAUUGAUGAUUAUUAUAAUAUAACUUUCCUCUAAGAGUAAGUUAGAAGAUGUGCUUUGUUGAUGUCCCCAAAUAAAAUACAUCAUAUUAAAUGUUAAGAUAAUUUGUUAUUUUAGCUAGAAAUAAAGUCCAUUGUGCCAUCUUGGCAAUAUUUAA